GUAUUGUUCAUGUUGGUCGCAUAACUAUCAAAUGGAGUGGACAGACCAUUCGACCUUGUUCAGGAUAUAGUUUUCUUUUUUUUCUUUCUUUUUCCACUCGAAUGAUUAGUUAGCGACGCGAGAUAUUUCGCCCCAGCCUAUUAAUAACUCCACCCUCGCAAAUUCAUAAGGCGAGCCUCGGCUUCCAAAACUGGUUGACUUGUCUACAGUACUAGCCUAGCUACCUUGCUACUGUUAGUACAAGCAGACAUGGCUGCUGCUCCUACAUCGGUACCAAAACUGGUACCAGAAUCUAGUCCCCCAUUUGCCUUAGACUUUUCUCAGCCUCCAGUCAUCGACGGUUUUACACCUUUGUCGCGACCUAAGGACGAAACGUUCAAAGAGAAGUUUAUCAGAAAAACUAAGGAUAACCCCUUCGUCCCUAUAGGUUGUUUGGGAACUGCAGGAGCUCUAAUGUAUGGCCUGAGAGCCUUCAAACAAGGCAAGACACGCCAGUCCCAGAUGCUGAUGAGGGGCCGUAUCUUUGCACAAGGCUUCACCGUGGUCGCCAUCAUAUUUGGUGUCUUCACAACAGCUCUGAAACCCAAACCGUGAGGAUGAAGAAGAUGCUGAAUAUGUCCAGCUUGCACCAGCUGUGUAAAAUGUGGAGCCAACUUUUUGGAAGGCACUUUGGUGGACACAAUGUGUUGUUUCAAAUGCUAAAUAGCCUAGAUAUUUAAAAGGCCCCUCUAGACUUCCUAAAAUUGCUUUGGCUUGGAUCAAUAAAAUGAGACAUUUCCAGGUGUCAAGCAAGCAAUGCCCAGGCUUGAGUUCUAAUGUACUUACAAUGUGCUGUGCGUUAAUAUAUUCUUUACUAGAGGUUACAUGUAUCCAUCUUUGGCCUUUCCCUACCUCUUACUGGAUGAUACAGAGGCCCAUUCCCUGAAUGAACACUGAAACCACAUUUGUGCACCAUGUGCUUUCUUUCUAAGACUAUCCACACUAUAUCAUUGUCUAAGGAACUCCAUGGAAUGUAUUAUUUGACACAUUUUCAAAGCGAGAUCCCUUUUAUAAAAUGUUGGAAGAAAUUGAGUGGAGUGCCAAGGACAUAAGUUUCUUUGCAUGACACAUAACAAAACAACAACCAGUGCCUAUCCAUGAUUGUUUUUUUAUUUUAUUAUUAAUAGACAGUUAUACAGUUCCUAUGUAACAUUCUCAAAUUUAAUGAGGAUUUAUUAUGUCCCAAUAGGCAACGUGUGAACAAACCUGCAUCUGAACCCCCAUACAACCAUUGUAUGUUAAUGAUGUUGGCUUUUUUCACAAAUUGGUGUUGUCAAAUAUGGCUAUGCAAUGACUUCCAACAAUGGCACUUAGCACCUGAUGGUGAAGGCCAGUUCUUCUGAAAUUAAACCUCUGAAUGAAUACGAUUAAUUCUUUGGUCAUUAAGACACUUUCUUUUUGUAACAGAGAAGUUAAGAUAGGAAAGAAAUUAAUUUAAAUUGCCAAAAUCAUUAAGUAACAGUAGUUGUAAUAUGCCAAAGGCCACAACCUGAUAGCA